AUGAUGAGGAGAAACACGGCGGCCGCUUGCGUGAUCCCGGCGCCCGCCGACCCCGACACCAUCUCCGACUCCGGCUCAUCUACGUCCGUGCCGCCGCCGCAGCCGGGGAGGAAGCAGACUGACUCUGUCUUGCAGGUAGUCCGUGCUGGCGCGCCGGUCACCCCGACUCGUCCUGAAGACGGGCAACCGGUCGCCGCCGUCGAGGAGGUGACGAGUCAGGUGGUCGAAAGUAGCGCCCGCGCGGUGGUGGCGGCCGGGAAGGCGAUCAACAGCUACCUGCGCACCCACGGCCGGAUCCCGAUGAUACGUUCGGAAGGCCCCGACUUGGACCUCAACGCCCUGGCGCCUCCGGACGCCAGCCGGCCCCCGCGCCAAGUCGACCGACCUGUGAUCUGCGCCUACUGCAACUGCGCAUUCUGCUUCGCCGCGCAUGAGGUCCCUUCCCUCAAUCCUGUCCCGGGGCAUGUCUACCCGGCGCCCCCCGUACCCAUCACCCUUAAUCUUCUCACGCCGCCGCCGGUGGGGCUGCUGUAUCGCGAUCCCCGGGGCCCGGGUGCCACGCCGGCCCGGCUGCUUGUCUGCUCCUGCGAGCACCACUUCAAGGUCACCAUGGGCAUGCUGCAGCAGCAGCCUGGUGGCGCGCCGUCGCUGGUGUGGAAGUGUACUAUCUCUUGUCUUCGUGUCCUGCCCAUCGUCGUGGGCAGCGAAGGUGCUAACUCGCCAGAUCUGCAUGCUAAUCCGGCCCCUCCUCCGGAACCGUGGACAUACGCUGGUGCUUACUGGAACUAUGUGAAGCCCGGGGACGAGGACAUGGUCAAACUCAAAUUACAUGAUGAUCCUCUCAACUCUUGGCCGCCGGUGAAAGCAGCACGGAGUCGUGCCGGCCGGAGUCAUCCUCGAUCGGCCAGCAGGUAG